UUAAUAAACAUUAUUUUUGACUAAACAAUUGUUACUUUAAAUCUAAUUCCCAUUUUAUCCAUAAACUACUAAUUCAUGGCCAACCGACAAACUUUAUCAAGGAACAUCAUGUUGAAUGCUAUGAGCCUAUGACCAGCUCUCCAAAGUUGACAAAAAUUUGCAAUAAUAGUAACAAGAUAAACACAAAGAUUAAUACAUCAUGUCAACAAAACCACCCCUUUUAUAAGUGUAUAUAUAUCAUCUCUUAUUAUCUCAAUCUUCAAAUAAUCAAAAACACAAACUUCACACAACAAAAAAAAAAAAAAAAAAAAAAAAUCAAAGACAACAAUGUUGAAUAAUAAUAGUAUUAGAGUAUGGUUUUCAUUUGUUGUGUUACUGAUUAUAUAUAGUGUACAAGUUGAAGGUCAAAACUGCAGAACAACAGGCUAUUUCCGAGCCACAAGCCCUCCACCAGGAAAAUGCAGUACCAACUGCUGUGUCCAAAACACAGUUUACUUCAUCUUCCAAUGCUCCCCUUCAGUAACCUCCCAAACACCGGGAAUGCUCACACUUAGAACCUUUCAGAACAGCCACUCCAAGUGUGACAACGCCUACCAUACCGACAACUCACUAGUGGUUGCACUCUCGACAGGGUGGUAUAACAGUGGGGCACGGUGUGGAAAGAUGAUCGCGAUAAGUGGGAAUGGGAAGACUGUGAAGGCUAAGGUGGUUGAUGAGUGUGAUUCUACAAAGGGGUGUGAUGCAGGGGAGGGUUAUCACCCACCUUGUGGGUAUAACAUUGUUGCUGCUUCUAAGGCUGUUUGGAAGGCUCUGGGGGUCCCACAGGGUCAGUGGGGCCAACUUAAUAUUACAUGGGCUGAUGCUUAAGAAUUUAGAUGAAGAAUAUGUUGAGAUCUGCUGAUAUGAUUUAUGUCAGUCUAUAUGAUGGUUUAAUUUAUAUAAUAGCAAGUGUUAUGAGCUGAUGAUGUAGUAAAAUCUUGGUAAAAUAAAGCUCAAUUUCAUUACAUAAAACAAACUAUCAUGACACUAGAAUAAAAUCUCCCUGAAAAAUGCAAAUGAUGCUUACGUAUUAUUACCUUCAUCCAGAUUAAGUUGUUAUACUA